CCCGACAAUUCUCAAUAUGUUUCAUAUCUGCCACUAUCAUCUUGCUUGAUGAGCUCACGUCUCAGCGAGACAAACUAGACCGCGAGCUGCUGCUGUGCCGUCGCAAUCGCUUGACAACAACUUACAACGUGGUUCAAUAACAAAAUGGCAGGACGGCCACCUGCUUACGGCCCUGUUCGGCGGGCGUUCGGCAAGGUCUAUGACCUUCUUAUGAGGAAGGAGAAAGUGGGCGAGGACGCGCUGGGAAACGUCUACUAUAGGUGGUACGAGGGCAGCGGCGAGCAUCGCACGGAGCGGCGCGAGGUGCAGUGGGUGUCCGAACACAUGUACUAUGACCCCAAGGAAGUGCCAGCUGAGUGGCGCAUGUGGCUGCGGCGACUGCGGCAGGACCCGCCCACCCCCGAGGAGCUGGUGCAGAGCGCGGCCAAGGCGGCGACCCUGUCGGCCAGAGUGGCGGCGCUGGAGGAGGCGGAGCGGCUGCGGCGGCUGCGGCAGCAGACUGUGGGCACACCGGACCAGCACGCGGGUGCGACCCCCGAUAUGGCGCGGUUCCUGCAGCAGAUGGGCGGCUCCUCGCAACCCCAGCCCCAGCAGCAGCAGCAACAAGCGCCAGCACAACCUCAGGGCCAGGGCCAGGCGGCAAAGGCGGGAGGGGAGCCGUUUAAGCCAGAGGCGUGGCGGCCAGGGUCGUAGGGUGGCGGCUCCGCCUCGAGCGUUUCCAUGCGGCGCCGUACAGGAGUUUCAGUGGGAGACGGCAGCUGCGCGAGUGGGAGCUGGUAGUUGUACGGCAGCCCGGCGCGUAAGCUACCUGACUGUAGUAAUGCGCACGGGCAGUUGGCGCUAGUCGGAAGGCGCGCGAGUGGGAGUGGGUAGUUGAGCGCGCACGCGUGUGGGAAGCUGCGUCUGAGCAUGGUGGAGCCCGGCUGAGACUGGCGGUUGGCGCGGCGCGCGAGUGGGAGUGCAUAGUCGUGCACGCGCCGUCUGGGAAGCUGCGUGUGUGAGCUGCGUGUAAACUCAGAGAGCCGCAUGGGGCUGACCCGGUUUCCAUACGCUGCCUCUAAGCGCACACGGUUUCACACGACUGACACUGGGACCAUCGCCGCCCCACGUCGCUUUGGUUUGGGAGCUGACUGGGACGGACUGGGAAGCUGCGUGACCAUGGAGUGCAAUGCGAAGCGAAGUCCCAGAGGGCGGAGAGACCCGACCCAACCAAGCCUGAUACGAACGAGUGUGAUUGUUGGGAAGCUGCGUGUGCGCUGGUGGGACUCGCUGGAUAGUCGCUGGGGGGCACGCGCGGGCGGGGCACAGGGGCGGCUGGCGAAAUCCAAGGGUAACUUCCUUAAAACUCACUUCAAAUUCACGGAAAACUCGCGCAAGACUGGGGUGAAACCGAGAAGUGGCCAUUCUUGCGGGCCUGUAGCGCGCGCGACCAGGGGAGGGGGGUAUGCAACUCGGCCUGGAUCCAGCCCGGGCUGCAUGGGACCCGGCCAAAAGGUGUUCGGACCCCCCAGCGCCUGCUCCUGAGACUUAAUUAUUGUAACCUGGACAAGUG